CCCUCUUGACAGCGACAGACAGGGAUUCCCCUAAAAUGGUGGCGCGCUUCACAGCAGCGCUUAUCACCGUUCUGUGAGGACUGCCUAUUUUGCGCUUUUCACAUUUGUCCUUGCACCUUACUCGUGUCUGUUUGUUUGUCGUAGCGGCCGUUGCUUGUUUUCCAUCCGCUUUCUAAAUCUAAUUGCUUUAAGUUGUCGGGUUUCAGCACACGAGGGCGACGACGCGACGAGCUGUGCUGUUUUUGCACUUCACGCGGGGGCUUUUAAAGUGAAAGUGUCGUUGAAUUCGUCACUGCCAGAUUGCUGGUAAAGAAAAAUAAGGAAGAAGUGGUGCCUUCUUUGAAACAGCAGCUUUUGCAGCCUGUCGCCAACAACAGUAGUGCUGGGAACCCUGAACUGGUUUUUCUUUUAAGUUCUUCUUUUCUGGAAAGUAUUUUCAAAUUUGCCAUUGUGUGCAGUAAUCCUUUCUCCAAGUAGACCAUCAUUUGUAUUAUUUUGCCUUUGUUCACUGAGGAUAUAAUUUAAAGGUUUUUCCUUUGUUUUAUUUUUUUCUAUUUUCAGUUGAUUUUCAAAUUGCUGUUGUUCUACCUUACUUGGAGAGCAGUUACACUACAUUGGAUUUGAUUUUACCCCUUUUUAAUAGGAUUUUUUUCAUUAUGCUUAAAGAGUUUGUAUAUUUGGAAUCUUGGUUGAAAAUAUAAAAAUAAAUAACUGAUAUACGUACACUUUAUAAAAGAAUUGAAUGAAAAUGGAGCAUUAAGUACUUAUAUUGUGGAAUAAAAUCAGAAUUAUUUAUUAUUUUUUUACAAGUAAAAGGAUCAAUGUUUCCUACUCCAAAAGGCAGUAUGCAAAGUUGACUCCUUUGAAAUCUUCACCAAAUGCAUUUUCUGAAGAGCUGGACUCUGUGUUUUAUUUUUUCCAAAGUUAUUUUUUCUGCUGAUACUCGUUACGCAGCUAGUACUAGUGGGAAUUUUAUUUUGCCCUUUGAAGAAAAAAAGGAAGUGUAAUUCAUCGUUAUAUUUUGUUCAACCAAAGGAACAUUUACUUCCUACUUUUUACCACCUGCAAGCAUUUUGAGGAAGUUAAUCUUUUUUCAUUUAGUGGGGGCCCUAGUCUUAUUCCCCCCUCCAGUGUGAGUUAACUUAAGUUCCAGACUAUGGCUGUUAAUGUUUCUAUGAGUCGUGACACAAAAUGGCUGACGCUGGAAGUUUGCCGGGAGUUCCAGAGGGGCACCUGUUCUCGUUCUGAUUCGGAGUGUAAAUUUGCCCACCCAUCACGGAGUUGUCAUGUGGAAAAUGGGCGAGUCAUUGCCUGCUUUGAUUCUCUUAAGGGUCGGUGCACACGAGACAACUGCAAGUACCUGCACCCUCCACCUCAUCUGAAAACUCAACUUGAGAUAAAUGGACGCAACAAUCUCAUCCAGCAAAAAACUGCUGCAGCAAUGCUUGCCCAGCAGAUGCAGUUCAUGUUACCAGGAACACAGUUACAACCUAUUACCACUUUUUCUGUAACUCCAUCGCUGGCUGCAAAUCCAACCAUGGCAUUUAGCCCAUUCCUGAGCCAUGUGACUCCAGGUGUUGGCCUUGUUCCUGAACUGCUUCCCAGCACACCCAUGUUAGUUUCGGGAAACCCUACAGUUACAAUUGCAGGCAGCUCUGCUGGACAGAAGCACAUGCGUACUGACAAAUUAGAGGUAUGUCGUGAAUUUCAGCGAGGCAACUGUACACGAGGAGAAAAUGACUGUCGCUAUGCCCACCCAAUUGAAGCAGCAAUGAUUGAUGGGAGUGAGAAUUCGGUAACCGUCUGCAUGGACUAUAUCAAGGGUAGAUGUACGCGAGAGAAAUGCAAGUAUUUCCACCCUCCAGCCCACUUGCAAGCCAAAAUUAAGGCAGCACAGCAUCAAGCCAACCAGAAUGCAGCUGCAGCUGCAGCUAUGGCUCUCCCUCCAGGGACUCUUCAACCAUUACCAAAGAGGCCAGCGCUUGAAAAAGCCAACGGUGCCACAACAAUGUUUAACCCCAGCAUGUUCCAUUACCAGCAGGCUCUGGCCAACAUGCAGCUGCAGCAGCCAACUUUCAUACCAACCGGGUCUAUUCUGUGCAUGACUCCCACUGCAGGCGUUGUACCCAUGAUGCACGGUGCUACGCCAGCCACUGUUACUUCAGCAACUACUCCUGUCACGAGUGUCCCUUUUGCUGAAACUGCUGCUGCCAAUCAGAUUUCCCAAUUAUCUGUAGAUGAACUGAAUAGCAACAUGUUUGUUUCACAGAUGUAACCAUUGCCAAUAGAACAUAGGCCACUCUGAAGUUAUGAGCAGCAAAAUGGUGGAUCUGUAGAAUAUUUCUAUGGAAAUCCAUGUUCAUCCAGUCACUAAUAUCUCCCUUGGCAGUAAGCCUUAUUCUGUACUCACGUUAACCAAAAAAUAGGUAUGUUAAACAGAAACGUUUAAAAUACCGAUCAAAGUUGAAUGUUAGAGGAGGAAAUAUCUGGGAGAAACUUGCACAUACACUGUGUAAUACUGUCUUACUCAGCGUGGAGCAAGAUAGAAGAACAGAGGAAUGCAUCUGAAUGAAUUUGGAAUGCAUUGGAUUCUAUAGAAAGAGACAAGUUUGUAAGACUCUUGCUUUCAGAGCAUAUUGAAACUGAUAUAUUUUCCUGUCAUUUAUUUUUAUGAGAAAGUGUUAUCAUUGUUGUGUUUACAUCAGAAAAUUAAUAUUUUGUUUUUCACUUUUCUGUUUUAAAAGUUAAAUCAUACUUUUAGUUAAAAUGUUUUACAACUGUAUCUAGACUAUAAGGCUUUAAUAAAGAUAAAAAUAAUUUGGCUGCACUUAAUUAUGCAAUUCCAACAGGACCCAUAUGAGAUUAUUUCAAAUUAUGUCUUAAUAACAGUGCUUUGUAAAUAUUAACAACUAAAUAUCUUCUUCUUCAUUUGGUUAAAAGUAUUUUAUUAUUUAUAAAAUUUUAACAAUGGUCUGUUUGAAGUAAUAAUUCAAUUAGAUUUAUGAAACAAAAUGAUCUCACAAGAUAUUUGAUUAACAUUAAAAGUAUAUAUUCAAUGUAAUAACAGAUUUUCAGUUGUAAGGUACACCAGUAGAUCUUUUUUUUGAAAGCUAAUUUGAUAUAAGUGUAGCCAAGUUAUUUUUACAGCAGCACCUGGGAUUGUCAGUAUUCCAUGAAUGUGUUCUUAUUAAUGCAUUUAACCCCAUUAUUGGAAAAUAUGUACAUAAUUAUUGACUAUUGUUAUAGAUUGAAUCAUGUGUCUGACUUAUUCUACAUGCAAUCAAUUCUUUUCUCGAAAAUGAAGGCAAGUCAUUUCUAAUGCAGUGGAGUGGUAGUAUGCGAGAAUAAGAUUCUGUCUUGCAAAGGUCAUUAACCAGGCAGGGUUAAAACUAAGCCAUAAUCUGAUGGAAUUGCAUUCAGUUAAUACACCAUUUUAAAUGGUGUUCAGCUGCAUGCCUGCACAUUUAAAAUCAAACAAAAUCUUUUAUUAAAUAAUAAGACUCAUUGGGGUUCUGGCAUAACUCCUAUGGUUCUCUUUUUCUCAAAAACAUCUUAUGAUUGGUUUUGUUUGUCAUUUGCAUCCAAGAUGCUUAAAUGUACUUAUUUUUCACAAUAGGAUGAACAGUCAUAAAGAUCUUUGAAUGUUUUGACUGAGCAUCAACAUGCAAGUCUGCCUGAACGUAUCUGAUGUGGCCAUGGGUUUACCAGCCUUUUUACACAGUCUGUUUUAGUGCCUGAGAAAAUAAGAAACACUGCUGUUAUCUAUGAAAAGGACUAUUAAUUGCUGUACUGAAGGAGGGGCAAAUUAUAUUUUUUUAUCCCUCUGUUUACCUUGUAGAGUUACAUACAUUAUUAAGGUAUUUUUGAAAAAUGCAGGUGGGGUGCGAUUGGUUUUCAUUUUUUGUUCAAUAUUGUUUAUACUUGUUAUACUUUUAAUUUCUUACGUCAGCCUUUCGUGUGUAUGCAUGAGUGUAAGAUGGUUUUUGGAGUGUCUGCAUAAUACAUAAAUAAAUAUAUAUAUAUAUAUAUAUAUAUAUAUAUAUAUAUAUAUAUAUAUAAAAAAAAACGUUCCUCAACAAGAUGCACUCCUAACUUUGGCACUGCAAUAAGGACAUUAUGAGGUGUCCUUUAUAUUUAUAUUUAGAGUAAAAAUUAAAAAAAAAACUGUGAAGCAGAAAGCAGCUAUUUAAUAUGAUGUUUUGCAUUAGAUUUUUCUAGGACAUUGCUAGACAGCAGUUUUAAACUCUGACACAUUGUUACCAAUAAAAUCUGGCUUUGGUUAUUUUGUCCAAAAUCCUGCACUCCUCUCUGAUACAUUUUGUCAGAGUAGUGUUAACCUCCAUAAUGCUUGCCAUAUUUGAGGACUUGGAAGAAAGUUUGAAUAUUGCUGUAUUGUCACUAUAAUGUCUUUGCUAAAAGUAUACAAAACAAGAAGUAAAUAAAAAUGUAAAUGAGGCAUGUUAUCGGUCCUGCCCAAUUAAUAAUUUUUAAAAUUUGAGUGCAGUGCAUUGCUACUUCUGUCUUCUUGAGGGUUUUAUUAUCACUUUAAUUAUUGUUGUUGCAGUUCAGUCAUUAAGACUUUAAAUUACAUUUCAAUCAAUAGUAUAAUUCAAAUUUUAAGUCCCUGUUGAGGCAGUGACUCUAAAUGAAAUUAACAUAGGCCAGUUGUGAGCUAUCAUAAGAGAGAGACUAAUCAUACAGAUUGUACAGCCCCUCUGUAGGUGUUAUGGUGCACCUAAAAGCAAGCAAACAAUACUCCUUUUACCAGUGAACUAAGUUGAACAUAUUUACAGUAGUACUUCAAAUUGUUAUGUACUCAGUUUUUUUUUAAAGGCAGAAAGCUGUCAUAGAGGUCUGUCUCACAGAAGUGCCAAAAUUAAAACAUUGUAUAUUAUGUUUACAUCUGUAAAAAUAAAAAAAGAAAUUACGCCUUAGAGUCUUUUGAACCCUAAACUUGAAUUGGUAUCCUUGUUUAUUUAAACAUUUAGAAGAAAGCUAUACUUUUGAUCAUUCGUUUUGACUGACAUAUUUAUUUACAUGUUAAAGUAGAAUUUUAAGUAAAAUGUUUGCCUAAAUUUUAGACUCAUUAACUCUUUUUGCAAAAAAACACAAAACGUGGUACCAUUGAUGCAUAUUCUAUUGCUAUCUGGUUUCGAAAGAAAAAAUGAUACACAGUAAAUACAUUUUGUUUUAUUUCCUUUAACAAUGAUAUACUGUGUGUAUACACAAAAAUAUAUAAAUAUAUACAGUAUAUAUAUAUUAAUAUUCACACACAUACACCAACCCCUAUUGCCUAGUGCAUCCUAUCCUCUAACCUAUUGUAGGUUUUUUGUGUAAAUCCAAAAUGCACCCUAUAUGUUACCGAAGUUACAAUCAACAGUAGAUUUGGUUCGUAACUUAGAAAUGCCGUAGUGUGAGAAAUGUCCUAAAUUUGUAUUAUUUAUGUAAUUAUAAAAUAUUUUUUGCUGUUUAAUGCAAUUGUAAUGUUAAUUUAUUUUCCAAAUUAUGUCCCAUUUAUUUUUAUUACUAUCAUUGUUGUUGUUACUAUUGUUGUUCCUUAGCCUUGUGCACAUAUUAUGCAAAACACUCCUAUCCAUAUUUGUUGCAAGGGACCUAUUUUGUGAAGAGAUGUAAUUUUUUUUAAUAGCAGGUAUUUUACUUUUGCAAAUAAAAAAAAACUAUCUUUGUCCAAAUACAUGCCUGCUUCAUAUAUAAAAAUGUAUAUUGCACUAACCUGUUUUACAGUUAGAAAGUGCAGUGUAGUAAAACAUGAAUGGCAUCAGACUUCACUUCGUUUGUAAGACUAUUUGAAAAGUUAGUUAUAAAAAAGUACCUUAUAUUAUUCUAGAAACUGAAAUGUAAUGUGUCAGUAAGGCAGUUCAUUGGACAGGUACACUAAAUAACAGCAGUCUUCAUAGUAAAGAAUGGUUAAAAUAACAAGUUUUCAGGCAUUUUAUCAAAUGUUUCACUUUAGUUCUUUUCUUUUAAUGCAAAAUAAACACAGUGGUAGGUUACUGAAACUGUAACUAAAAAUAUUCUGUAGUAUUGUUAUGAAGUUUUUAUUUAAAAAUAUGUCUUAGUAUUGAAGGGUCACUAAUAAGAAAUGAGGGAUGUGCUGUAUUGUAAUGUCAUUACUGCAGCAGAUACUAAAAUAACACACAGUUAACAUCAGGUUGGGACAAACUAUACAGUGUCAACUAACUGAAUAAUCAAGGUUGACUGAAACAUGUUCUCUGGCUUGUGACAUUUUCUUUAAGGAAAGAAUUCUUAACACAGCAUAUAUUUCCAUUGUACUGUACCAGUAAGUCAGGACUGCAAAGGAAUGUAAAUUAGCAGUUUUACUUAGGAGAAUGUUAAUUCAAAAUUUCCACCCAUAGUAAACAGUAAACAGCAAGUUUGCAUAUUAAAUGUAAAUUUCGUAUUUUUUUCUUUCAGAUAGAAGAAAAUAUGAAGUCAGAGGAAAUAUGCUUCUUUUAUGUGUUCAGUUUAUUGGUUAAUGGAUGGAUAGCCAAAAUUAAAAAAUGAAUUCAAUACUUUAGUGUUCUGGUAACACACAUUUAUAUUCUUUUUAAAAAUGACCAGAUAGGCUACAAAAUUUUGGUUUGUGGCCUCUACGAUAUCUCAGGUCACUGGGAAUAUAUGAAAUAUUUUUUAUAGCUGCAUAGAUAAUAGAAAUGUCAGUAACUGGUACAAGUAUGUUUCAACAGCAUAUUACUGCAGGUUUCUAACUUUGGAAGUAAAAUCCUGUAUAAAUUAUACUUAGGAGUUUUUUUUACAGGUAAUACACAUUCUAAAGGAAUUUCAAAAAGGAGGCAUCCAAUUUUACUCUCAAUUUAAGUAAAAUAACACAUUUAAUAAUUAAGUUAAACACAUACAUUUAAACUCGUGAAGCUUCCUGUCUCCUCUGUUCGUGUUUCAGCAUUCCUUAAUCUACCCUCAGUGCGCAUUCACCCUGAAGGAAGGACUUUUAAAACAACCUGAUUAUUAUCACAAUAUAUUAUUAUAUUAUAUUCUCCCUUCUCCACCAACUUUCAUUUGCAGAGUAACUUUAUUUUGGUCAUAUCUCUUCUUCACUCAUUGAACAAGUUAACUUGACUAAUAAAUUUAGGGUGUGAAUUACAAGUGUCAUAAAUUAUAUUGAGCUUUUCCAAAAAUAUUAUAGAUAUACUUCAUACUCCAUUUCUAGAAAUCUGAAAAAUUCAUACUAAUUUUCCAGUGGCUCAGAUCCUAAAAUGUUACACAAAAUACAGUAUUUUUGCCUCCACAGACAGCAAUUUUCAAUUUACUAUUUCAGUUGAUUUAGAUUUAGCAUGUGUUCAGGGAAAAAAUCUUUUAAAUUGACAUAAUAAAAUAUCCAGAGUUUAACAAUAAAAUACAAAAAGCAAUUAAAGUAUUGAUACUUGUAAUUCAGUUAGGAUGUAUAUUUAAUUAUGAUCAGUGUCAAUUUGUAGACAAUGAAGUUAACUUUCUUAAUAUCUAAAAAUUUCCAUAGCAGUAGGUUCCUUGUAGUAGUCAAAUGUAAGUAAAUUUAACUUGUAAUGACUGGUGGAUAUAUUUUUGUGAUCUGCUCCAUUUAUUUUUAUAAACCUAUUACAAGUAUUGUAGUGCCUCUUCAGCUUCAUGCAUUGCUCUACAUAAAAUUUGUUAUAAUUUGCAUUUUCAGUCCUUGUAACAUAAAUACUAGCGAAUGAAUGUUUCUAGCUUAAUUAAUUCUGUUUAUCAGUUAAACAAGUUAUUAAUUAUAUGUGUCCUUUCCUGUUUUCCAUUUUCAAACAUGUUUUGAAUCAUCUCUUCCCUAGUAGAUUUUCUGUAUCUUAAUCAUUCAUAAUCUGCAAAUACUGUUGAAUCUACGCUUUAUUUACAGAUUUCUGUCCCGGGUGGACUGUGCAUCUUUCCUACCAUGUUUAGCAUGAUCAAAGACAAUACAGUAAUUGCUUUGAUCUAUGCCACAUCAUUUAUUUACUGUAAUAUUUGUUGAAAAAUAUGCCUUUUAAAUUUAUUUCUCAUUUGGCAAUUGCAUUUUGUAAUUUAUUUUGUGUCUGAUAUAAUAUGUGUAUACGUACAUUUGAACAUUUAUAGAAAUUAAGAGUUUUUUAUUAUUAAUGUAAAAAUUUUGUUACCUAAAAAUAAUAAUGAUUCCUUGACCCAUAUCCUAAAAAUAUAACAAUUGUGAAUAUAUUGGAUCCUUAUUUUUAAAAAGUGCUAAUAAUUAUCUUGUAAUAAUCCUUCUGUGCACCUGUUUUCUAACCCACUUUUCUAUUCACUGGUUGUGGCCUAUCCUGGCAGCACUGGAUGCAGGUUAGUAAUGUUCCCUGUAUAGGGAACACCAUCUACUGCAGGGAUUUUUCACACACAUAUCCACACUCCCUCCUGUCCAAGUCAAUUUAGAGAUGCCGGUUAAUCUAACAUGUACAUAACUGCAUACAUUAAAAUUUCCAUGCAGACACACAGAGAAUGUGAAAAUUGUACAGUGGCAGUGUAGUCUAGAUCUUAAGGUGUGUGGCAGUAUGUCUAAUAACUGCACCAUGCUCUCCAUUUCAUAGUGUCAUCCUUAUUAUUUUUAAAUGAAUUUAAAGUAAAAUGUCGUGGUAAAAUUUGAAUGUUAAAUGUUACACAUUUGGUGAAAGCCUUUGGCAAUUCUGCAUUUUAAGGCAGCUUUUGAAAAUUGUCAUUCUUCCCCUGUUAUGUACUUUUCUAACAGUAUAUUGUGCCUACUUUUUACUCAGUCAUCAGUUUAGAUAUUAUCAUGGAUAUGGAAAAAUAUCUGCCUGAUGCUUAAUUUAUUUUGACAGCCUGGUGUUCUCUUCAAGAAAGUAAUAUAUGCCAGAUUUCUUAAGCAGUAUCUGGGUCAAGCCUAUAAAGAUAUUGUUAAGAGGUAAUUACUGCUUAGUAACUACUUCAUAAUAUAAAAUAUAUAAGUGUAUUUUUAUUUAAUUAAUACCUUUAAAGAUAAUCAUUUGCUUUCUGGAUGAAAUAACAUGUUUAAUUAUUUAUUUGUUAAUUAAACAAAGGUAUCAUUUUAACAUAAAGAAGCUCAUAAGGACGUCUAAAGUUAAAAUAAAUGAAAACAAGAAAAUGUAUUCUUUUAAGCUUUUUACAUUUCAGUUUUUCACAAUACAUUAACUGUGCGAUUAAUGUAAUUAAUGCCUUUGUUUCUUCUACCUAGAUUUUUUAUUAAGAUAAAACAUUUUUGUUUUCAUGAUUGAGCAUUUUUGGGGCCUUAGAUAUUUAACCACAAAUAUACAUUGGCUUCAUUUAGAGGAUUUUUAUCUAGCUUCUCUAAAACAAAUGUGCAUGCUUGUGCAUAUUUAUAGGAUAUAGUAAAAUAGGCUCUUUCUUGCUAGUUUUAAGCUUUUUAUUAUUAUUUUGUAAGCAGUUUUAUACUCAUUUAUUUAGUUAUUAAUUUGGAAGGAGUGUCAAUAUUUUAGCAGGUUUAAACUUAUAAUUUCAAACAUUUAAAACAAAAUAUAAAAAUAAAUAACCUAAUGGCACUGAGCUGUUUACUUUAAAUAUAUUAUACAGUAAGCAUGGUAAUGAAAUUUAAGUCGUUAGUUGUAGUUUACACUUAAAAGUAAAAAAUAUACAUUUUAUAUUUUCUUUAACAAUGAUAGAUUCAUUGUUGAUGAUGUUAAGUUGUUGUUGUUAUGGCAACAAAACUACAACAUGGCUACCUUUGUAUACCUAAAUUGUGAACUUUUUCACAUGUAAAUUUAGAUUAUGUACAACAGCAUUAAUUUAUUUAAGGUGGUACAGUUAGAUACUGUCAGAAAAAAGAUACUGGUAUUUGAAUAUUUUGUAUGGAGAAACUUUGAGAGUCCAAAUUUGAAAUCAUGUUGGUUUUAUUUUCAUUUUUUAUUUUAUUAUUAUUAUUAUUAUUACUAGUAUUAUUAUUAUAAUUGAUCAUUAGUCUUGGAAGACAUAGAGUCACCAUCUGUAUUUUAUAACUACUAAGAUAUAUGGAGAGAAGGGGACUUUCCAAGGUACUGCAACAGCAAAAUGGUGUUUAAAUCAGUUGAUAUGGAAAAUCAGCACUGUAGAAUAUAUAAAAUAGCAGCUGUACACAUUGAGAGGACUAGUUGUAGUAUUAUUUACAAAAAAAUAUAAUUAUAUAUCUUUCACCACACAGUUACUGCCUGUCAUUUCAAACAAGCAGCCUAUUUGUAUAGUUUAUGUUUUCCCAAGAACAAUAAUAAAUUACGUCUAUAUAUUUUUAUAUUUGCUUCCAUUGCAGAAUGACUUACCACUUGGAUUUUGAUACUACUCUGGCUGGUUAGCUGUUGAAUUAGUCCAGUUUAAUUACUUUAGCACUGGAGGGAAACAUAGUAUUUGCACUAUUGCCUUUAUCAAUUCACAUUGUCUUUACAACAUCAGUGAAACUUGCAAGCAUCAGUUUAUUUUGAAAUCUACAGUAUAUUCUAGACCUGUUUACUAAGGAUGGAUUUCGAUAUUACAAUGAUUCAAAUAAUUCAAUAAACACGAUGAGCAAACCCUGCAUCAUUUCAAAUUAAUUGUUGACAGCCUAUUUUUUAGCUUAUGACCUGACAACUGCAAUAUUUCAUAUUUCAUUUUCUGUGUUUUACUUAUGUGUUAUUUUCUUAUGUAUAGUUCAUUAUAUGUUCUUGUAUACAUUUUACAUGCAAUGACAUUUACAAUAAAGACAUACUACACAAUUACUUAGUUUAUGUAAUACAGGUAAAUGUCUGAAAUAGGCAGUGCCUUCCGGUAUCGUAAAACUGUUGUUUUUAUUGUACUGGACUUCAUUUUGUACCAUUCAGGUAGCUUGUAUUAUGGAAAGUCCCUUCAAAUUGCCACCCUCUUUGACAGUGUUGAAGAAAUGUGUUUAUGCUGCAGUUCCAGUGACUUAGUGUACGAAUGUGUGAUAUUCACCCUAUUUGCACUUAUGUACAUAGUUAAUGAAAGAAAUACUCAGAACUUAUUUUGAAUAUAAAAUGGACGGUAUUGUUGUUAAUACAAGAAAGAGUUUGUAAAAGAUAUAGAUGUUGCUACAGCUUUGAGGGUUUUUGCUAUGACACACAUCUGAAAGCAUGGUGUUGCUUUGCUGUUGUAAAAACAUUAAGAUGCUUUGUAGUUUGCCAUAGCUAACAAUCUGACAGGUGGGUCAAAGUUUUCACCAAAACCUGCUGCCUCUGGUAAAUUUCCCAGAUCUUGUUUGUGGAUAAUAUUUCUGAACACAAAGUUAAUCCACUUAAAAGAUCAUUAGUAAAAUGCUUCUGAAUUUAAGUAUACCGCUACUAUAUUUGCUUUUGCAGUCAGUCCCUGACUAAAAUCAAUACCAAAGAUGGUGCUGUUGAACACAGGGAUUUGAAGUCAAAUUGUACUUUGUUCUCCCAAGUACUCAUAUUUUAAGAUUGAGUUCCUAUAGUACUGUUUUGAAGAGUUUAGAAACCAUUUUAUCAUUAUUUUUGCAGAAAAGACAAUCUUAAAGAGUUGGUACUAGGUUCCUGUACAUUGAAUAUGUGAUAAAGAGUUUGGAUUUGUUUCUCUACACUGUUUAUUUUAUAGCUCGAUUUAUUCAUCUAACAAGUCUCAGGCUUAUAGAGAAUGCAAACUGAAUGUACUGAAUCUUUAAGAUCAAAAAUUUGGAUAUUUCAUGAAAACAGGGAGGUAAUUUUGUACAUUUAGUACAUUGGUGAGACUUGUGUGGCCCAUUUUACCACCUUUAUGGUUGCAGCUUUUAAAUUUUGUUUAAUGCAUAUCAUUAGUUAAGGUAUACUGAAAUAUUCCUUGCUAUGUGCAAUACAUAUUUACCAAUAUGUACCUACUAUAUGUAAGCAUAUAUAUAUAUAUAUAUAUUUAUAUAUAUAUAUAUAUAUAUAUAUAUAUAUAUAUAUUCUGAAAUAUGUAAACAGUAUUUAAUUUUAUUUAAAAAAAGAAAAUUUUCUAAUGAUCUUUUGUGCAGUUUCAGAAAGCAGAAGAGAUUCAUGUAGGAAAUAUUCAAAGAAACUCAUUUCUUUUUCACUGUAACUCUUCAACUAAUCAAGAAAAUAGAAGAUAAAAUUAUUUUAGUAAUUGUUCUCUUUAGCUGGAGGGCAAUAUUCACAUUUUUAAUUUCCCUCUUGUGUUGGGCUCAAGCUCACAGAGAAGUUCUGUUUGUGAGAUAUUUUACAUUUUUGCUAUCUGGUAGAGCUGGAAGCCAACAAUUUUGUUGCCAUGGCGCUCAUGCCUUAGCAGAAGAGGGGGGAUUUCUUCAAAGGUGAACAGGGAGAUUUCCUCAAGCCAAUACUGUUUGACAGCCAUAUAGCUAACAAUAAUGGUUAUGGAGUCACCAUAGUAGAAACAACAUAGGAAAUUUUUUUCACAUUAAAUGAACAGAGUAUUAUAACCAUCAAAGCUAAAAACAAUCUAAUCCUUCAUUUUGCCUGUGUUUAUUUAUAUAUACACACAUGCACAUUCAUAUAUAGUGCACAGAAAGUAGCAUACAAGUUAAUAUUAACUAAUGGCAAGGUAAUUAUUUUUAAAAACAUAAUGAUAAAUAUAUAUUUGUUUAUAUACAUAAACUUUUGUACAAAGUCUUUCCUGGCUGUAAAAAUGGUUGCAGAUAGAAACAUUUGAUGCAAGUUAAACAUUAAGGUCCUGCUAAGGAAGAGGCAGCAGAAUCAUUGAAACUGGCUGUAGAAUGAUAAUCCCCUGUGGGUAAUUGCAUACUUGUACAGUUGUCUCUUAAGCCAUACCACCUGAGAUUGUUCCCCUCCUCUGCUAAGAGCUGGAUAAAGAAGUGCUUUGAUUUUAAUUUUCUGUUUGCUGUUAGUUGUACUGCUUGUAUGUGCUCUAGAAAUAUGCUUCAUGCUAAUCUUUUCAAUAUAUAAAUACAUAUAUAUAUAUAUAUAUAUAACUUCUGUUAUUUUUUUGAUCUUUUAAUAAAGCACUAAAAUAAAGUUGUCAUUUGAA